AUGGUCAAGUUGGACGUUGUCCACACUUUAAAUCUUGCCGUGGUUCAAAGUCAACCUUUGGUUGUUGUCUUUUUCGGUGGCACGUCAGGCAUUGGGCAUUAUACACUUCGUGCAUUGGCCACUGCUGAGGCCAAUGGAGGCCAAGGGUUUCGCGCAUAUAUUGUUGGGAGAAAGGCCAACGUGGCUGAAGAUGUCAUCUCCGAGUGUCGUGGUAUAUGCCCGCAGGGUCAAUUCAAGUUUCUCAAAGUUGAUGAUCUGUCUUUGAUUCAAGAGGUCGAUCGAGUAUGCGCUGAGAUAAUCCAGCUGGAGGAAAAGGAAGCUCAGGACCCCAGAAUUGACUAUUUGAUGACGUCUCAAGGGGGUUCAAUCUUUCUUCCACGAAAAGAUACAAAAGAGGGAAUUGACAUUACAAUGUCCUUGAUGUACUAUUCUCGCAUGAGACUGGUCAUCAAGCUGCUUCCUCUGCUUCUCAGGUCCACUCUUCCGGCAAGGGUCGUCUCGGUUUAUGCUGCUGGAAUGGAAGCAAAACUCUUUCCAGAGGAUCUUUCACUUCGUGACCUGACACAUUACAGUUACUCGCAAGCCCGGUCUCAUAUGUGUUACAUGCACACUUUGUUCAUGGAAACACUGGCCGAACAACAUUGUGGAAAGCUCGUCCUAAUCCACAUUUUCCCUGGUCUCGUGUUGGGGCCUAGCUUUCAAAAUCCUGAAUUGCCCGCCUGGUUUAAAAUAGUGUGGUCAUGGUUUUUCGUCCCCCUCUUUGGGCGACUUACUGUCAAACCCAAGAAUUGUGGUGAUAGGAUGUUGUCUCUUGCAUCACCUCGCUAUCCGCCUCGACCAAUUGACAAAUCCAAGACUCAGGAGGGUGUUACCAUAGGGACGGAUGGUAAACCUGGGAGUGGUGUUUAUGCUCUCACUUGGAAUGGAGAGAACAAUCUGAACACGAAGGCAUAUGAGAAGAUAAACAAGGAUGAGAUGAGGAAAAAGGUUUGGGAUCAUACCAUGAGGGCAUUUGAAGUGAUUGAGGCAGGAGAGGUCUUUACCGAGUGA